AUGCUGCGGAUAGGUGUGUUGCUCUGCCUUGUCGGGCUUGCCAUCAGUAGCCCCCCCGUUUCGAAGACAAGAGAGCAGAUACAAGCAUUCCGGGAGGCUUUGGAAAAUAGCAGAAUUGAUGAUGGAGUUCGGUUAGAUUCUCGUAUUCUGGCCAACCCGAAAGCAAAUGUUUGGGAGAACAGUGGAAAGUACCAAGGCGAUAUCGUACUGGAUGACGAUCAAGUUGAAACCCUAGUAGCUGAUUAUGCUGGGGCUACAAGUAGCAACAGAGCUGCUCUGGUCACGCCUAACACUAGGUGGCCUGGCAACGUCAUGAUUUACGAAUUCGGAGCUAACGAAUUUAAUAAUGCAGAACGGGAUCUCAUUUUGAGAGGGAUGGGUUGGGUCGAACAUUUCUCCUGCGUGCGGUUCCGAAGACGUCAACCUCAUGAACGUAACUUCGUUUUAAUCACUGGGAGGCAAACUGGAUGCUACGCACACGUUGGAUUUUCGAGCAACCGCGGCGCCCAUACACUUAACUUAGCUCGUCGAGGAUGUCUGAACAACAUUAUCAUCAUCCACGAACUGCUCCACAACCUCGGGUUCUACCACAUGCAGUCCGCCUACGAGAGGUACAAUUACGUACGCAUAAACUGGAACAACAUUGUACAAGGCAUGGCACACAAUUUUUACCGCUACAAUCGGAACAUGGUGAACCUCUUAAGCCUUCCGUAUGAGUACCAGAGCUGCAUGCACUACAGUACCCAUGCAUUCAGCAGUAACGGACAACCAACUAUUACAGCUACAAGGAGUUUCCCGGGAACCAUGGGACAUAUGGUUUACGUCACUCACUGGGACUGGGUGAGGCUUCGCAGGCACUACAACUGCCCUGGGGCAUGGGAUGAAAGGCAGAUACAAGAGCUGAAGGAAGAGGUCGACCGCACCCUCCCACUGAUGAUCGCUGCACCACCGACCACGGAUGACGUUCAAGAUGACAACGAAGUAAACACUGUUAACGAAAAUGAUAUUCAAUAA